UGAUUGAGGGGAAUUCUGUCACUCUACACACUGAUGCCACAUCUGAUGUUCUUGACGGGAGAUUCAGAGAUAGACUGAAGCUGGACAAUCAAACUGGAUCUCUGACCAUCACAAACAUCACAACUCAACACGCUGGACGCUAUGAAGUACAGAGAAGUGGAAUUAAGUGGUCAUCAAAAUCAUUCAGUGUUUCGGUCUAUGCUCGUCUGCCUGUUCCUGCCAUCAGCAGUAACUCUUCACAAUGUCCUUCAUCAUCAUCAUCUUCAUGUUCACUGCAGUGUUCAGUGGUGAAUGUGGGUCAUGUGACUCUCUCCUGGUACAAAGGAAACAGUUUAUUGUCCAGCAUCAGUGUGUCUGAUCUCAGCAUCAGUCUCUCUCUACCUCUGGAGGUGGAAUAUCAGGAUAACAACACCUACAGCUGUGUGCUCAACAAUCCCAUCAGCAACCAGACUCAACAUCUGGACAUCAGUCAACUCUGUCACACAUGUUCAGGCUCAGUCUCUCUGAUAGUGUUGAUUUGUGCUGCUGCUGCUGGAUCUCUGUUGAUUGUAGCUGCAGUCAGGAUCUUCUGCAUCUGCAGGAAACACAGAAAAAAUGAUCAUGAAG